CUUUAGUCAAAGUGAAAGAAUAAUGUGUUUGAAUGUAAAUUCAGUGUAAAAUUUUCAAAUAAAAUAAAAACUUUUGUUUAGUUUAAUUCCUUAAUAAAAGUGAGAUUUUUUAAAAACACAACAGAUAUUGAAUACAGGAACUAAAGUUUGUGAUCGGCUAUAAUAUGGAGCCCACAGUAAUUCAAUACGACUACACGACCGCCGAAGUGAUACCCAGAACCAAAUGCUUUAAAUUUGUGAAAUACUCACUGAUUGCUGCCUUAACUAUAUUACUCUCAAUGGCACUCAUUGUGCUAAUAGUGGCCGAAACCAAAUCCAAAGAGAAAAUGUUUCUCAGCCUCGGAAUUAUAUCCUUGGUGGGAGUAAUUGUGUUUGUGAUCGGUCUGUUGGCCAUUGCCAAAGAGCACAUCCCGUCGGUGAUGAUCUUCGCGGUGAUCAUCAUAUUCUAUCUGUUGCUGUUCAUGUACUCGCGAGUGCUGACCAGUCCGGGCCUCAUAGUGUUCAGGACACUGGUGUUGCUGUUGCUGUCCAUCGAGUCGUUGUGUUUUGCGAUUAUGAUUAGAGAUUGGCGUCAAUUACAACAGUCGAGGAUUAACGCCAAAUACCUGUCCGCUGCCAACCAUCAGAUAUACACCACUCCUUACGGACACCCUCUCUAUGGCUAUCAGUAUUACACGUCUGUCCCCAUACAACACAAUCACAAUUUGGCGCACAUUUAAAUUAGAUUAUUUAUUGGGGGAAAAUGCA